AGCAAAAAUCAAGAACCUAAGGCAAAGAUCAAGGAAUUUGAGGCAAAGAUUGAGGAACCUGAGAUAAAGAUUAUCAAAAAACCUGGGCAAAGAACAAAAACCCAGGAGCCUGAUUUAGAAAUCAAGAACUCAAAGCAGAAAGAAAAAUCUAAAGAUUAG